UUGUUACAAAACAUUUCCAGCAUGUGGCGCGAACCUUCUCCUUCCUCUCCUCUUCCUCAAUCAUCAUCAUCACAGUUACCAGCCGUGCGGUGUGCAGGUUCCUGCAGGUUUCACCUUCUUCUACUGCAGAUAUCUCCCAAGAAAUAGUUCAGACGUGUGGUUAUAAGAGCUUUAAUAUGGCGACAACACGAACAAAACACGAAGCUGUUGUGAAGUUACAGAUAACGGAGAUAACCCCUGUGGAUCUGGAGGAACCAGCCCGACGGUCUUCACGAAGAGCCCCGGCACCUAAACGCUUCCAGGACUCCUCUGAACCUGAACCAGCUAAAACACCCAACAAGAAGAGGAAAACAACAACGCACAAUGACAAAAACAGCCAGAAUAACAGAAAGGACAUGGAGAAGGACCCGGAUGUUGGAAAUAGUGAUGUGGAGGAGCACACAUCUGAUGAACAUGGAGGACUUUCAUCAUAUGAACUGGAGCGUCUGGAGAACAUCAGACAGAACCAAGCAUUUCUAUCGUCCAUCAACUUAUUACAGGCAACAGAGGAGUUGAAGCAGUUGACACGUCCAAAGCCAUCGCAGAGGGGCCUCAUGAGGUCACAGGCUGCUGUAAAAGAAGCGCUGCCAGCUCGCAAAUCCCUUCGUCUCCAAAAUAAAGAGGCAGAUGUCUUGACACUUCCUCCUGAACCUAAUGGCAGGCUGAUCAUGCAGGAGGAGUGGCGACUCAAGAAGCCUCCUGGCCCUCUGCCCAUGGAUCCAGUCAACAUGGAGGAGGGAAGCAAGCUGCCUUCACAACUUCUUGAGCUCUGCUCCGAGAAUUCAACAGAAGAAAGAAAGAUGGAGCUUGAUCUGAAAGAGUACCGCUCAGCCCUGAAGAACAUGAGGAUAACUGAGGACAGAGUGGCCAAAGUGGUGAAGGACCGCAUCUUCUCUGCUGCCUUCCACCCGAGCACCAGCAGCCUGUUAAUGGCCACAGGAGACAAGGGGGGGAAAGUUGGACUCUGGAAGUUGGGUGGUGAUUGGGGUGAUGAUGGUGUACUACUCUUCGAACCUCACACUCGUCCAGUAAGCGCCAUGGCGUUCUCCAAAGCUCAUCCCACCCACCUGCUGAGUCUCAGCUAUGACGGAUCUCUCCGCUGCAUGGAUGUAGAGAAGGCCGUCUUUGAUGAUGUGUAUGGCAUUGAAGAUGGCCUGAAAACAUUUGACUUCCUGUCAGAUGACUGUUUGACACUAGUGGUUGGGAACUGGUUCGGAGAGGUUGCCAUCGUCGAUAGGCGCACCCCAGGAAACUCCCACGAGUCCCUCCACUCAAUGGACCCCAAGACUCUGCGCUGUGUUAGCGUUCACCCUUUACAGAAGCAGUACUUUGCUGUUGCAGAAAACAAGGUAGUGAAUAUUUACGACAGCAGAUGCCUGAAGACGACCAAAAGCAAGGCAGUCUCCCACCUGCAUGGUCACUGUUUAAGCAUAUCCAGCGCUUAUUUCUCCCCUCGCACAGGCAACAGAGUUCUCACCACCUGUAUGGAUAACCACAUAAGGAUAUAUGACACGUCUGAAAUGACUACGCAGUCUCCCUUGCUGACAUCCAUCAAGCACGACAUGUUCACAGGCCGCUGGCUGACCAAACUCUCAGCGGUGUGGGACCCCAAACAGGAAGAUUGCUUUGUGGUGGGGAGCAUGUCGAGGCCUCGGAGGGUUGAGGUGUUCCACGAAGGCGGCCGGCCCCAGCACACCUUCACAGAUGACGAGAACCUCAACACAGUGCUGUCCGUCACUGCUUUCCAUCCCACAAGGAAUGUCUUACUGGGCGGCAAUGCGUCAGGGCGCCUGCAUGUCUUUUCCGACUGAGAUGAAGUCCAAAAUGUGUGACCAAGAGUUCUGGUUGCCUUCAGCUGGGUAGGAAGAACAAGUAAGGAAAUAGAUUUAUCACAGUCGAGGUGUACAACUCGUUCAGUGUAGAUAUCUCAGUGCUGGAAACAAGUCGUGACCGUCAUCUCUUGUUUGUUGUCCCCUCUGGAGCUCCAUAUAGCUUUAAUACAAUAUUAUCAUAAUUCUCACUCUUAUUACAAUACAGUUACUAUAUUCACUCCUUUCACCCUCGUGUCUACUGUGUGUGGAUAGUGCUGUAUUGGCUUUGCACAUGAGGGCACUGCACUCUUCUUCAGAUUUCGUAACACUGCUCAUACUCUGUCAAGGUGCAUGGGGUCUCUGAGUGAUCGGCGGUGUCCUGCCACAAAGUCUGGACUUUUGAAGCCACUCCUGUUUAGAUUUGGCUUGAUGUUUGGGUUCUCUUGAGAAUGGCAGCAGGUUUUGCCCUGGGAUUUAUCUGUGCCCUGCUGCAUUUAUGUUACCCUCUCCCUCUCCGAGCUGUCAGGCCUUGCUGCAGAGAAGCAUCCCCGCAGCGUGGCGCUGCCCAGUCGGCCUUCAUGGUGCUUGGCUUAUGCUAAACGCAGCAUUUAAUAUGAUAGCCAAAAAAUCUCCGUUUUGUAAACUGGCAGGCCUUUAGCAGAUUUACAGUUGUGUCAUAUUAUUUCUACCUUAGGGGAUAUUCAGAGACUUUGCCCUGAUUGGAACAUUUCAAUAACUUUGUCUCAGAUUUGUCAUUCUUGUUGUCUUGGUUGUUUUUAGCCAGGAUAUUUACUAACCUUUUGUUGGACCUUUUGAGAUAGAGGUGCAUUUAAAGUCACUAUGUGGUUACACACAAGUGAUCUGUCAUUCAAUGUAUCGACCUCUAAACAUGCUAUUUGUUAAGUCUUUUUAUACUUAAAUUUUAUUUAGGUCAGUUUGUGGAUACCUGUUUACUUUGAGAUUAAAUUGUAUUUGUUUCUGUUAAUCACUUUGAAACGCUUUGAAAACAUUGUACAUGCACAGUAUGUAGCAGGUGACUCACUCUGACUUUGUAUACUCUGACGUUUACUUUUCUGUUCUCAUGUUUGAAAUUUGUUUACUCCAAAUGUCUAACAGAACGUAAUCAAUUUCUAAAAUAGGUUCCCCUUUGUUGUUUGUGGCACAGUGAAUUUGAAACGGCAAAACCGUUAAAAUCAAUUGUGUUUGUUUCAUGUUUUGUUUUUUUGUUUGUGGCAAAUAUAAUAAAUAAAGAGUCGUUUUUAUACCAAACA